GGUUUUCUUCGCUCCCGGCGAAUUGUGGGGGAAUAUACUGCUAGACAUCACUUUCAGUCGCCGUCUCCGGCCCGAAUGAGGUCUCGCCUCCCUCCUAUCCUCCUCCGCAACCUUCAUUCUUCUUUAGACGUCUCCUCCAUGGCGGCGGCCGGUUUCAUCUUCCGAACCCUCUCCACACACUCACUCACGGCCCCAUCCAAACUCCCAUCGUUACCUUCAUUGGUCUCUCAUUGUCGCUCUAAUCUUUCGUAUUCGACUUCUUCUUCUUCUCCAUUGUUUGGUGGUUUAUUCGGUGCUCACCGUUGCAGAGAUGGAGAUUGGAUUCUUUCGAGAAGGUUGGGAGGGAAAGUACUGGCGUCGCAGCGAGGGUACAGGAAGGUGCGGGGUCGCCCGUCGGCCAGGAAGAAGGACAAGAGGAAGGAGUUGGAGCUCGAUGUUAGAAUUGGUAUCGAAGAACAAUUGCCCGAUGAUUCUGAAAUUCUGGAUAUUGCAGAAAUGCUUCGUCUAAAUGUUCCAAUGGCAAUGAAACUAGCAUUUGAUGGUUUAAAAGAUUCAGAUCACAAAACAAGAGAUUCUUCUGUUGAUAAUGUUGGCCAAUUCGAGAGUGUCGAGUUAUCAAUACUUCUAUGCAAUGAUGAGUUCAUCCGUGAGCUUAAUAAAGAUUGGAGGAACGAAGACCAUGCUACUGAUGUUCUCUCCAUGUCUCAACAUGUCCCUGAACUCAAGCUUCCAAUGCUAAUGUUGGGUGACAUCAUCAUUUCAGUGGAAACAGCAGCAAGACAAGCAGAGGAAAGAGGGCACACUCUUCUUGAUGAGAUUCGUGUUCUUAUGGUCCAUGGAUUGUUGCAUCUUUUGGGAUUUGAUCAUGAGCUUAAUGAAGAAGCUGAAGCAGAAAUGGAGGAGGAAGAAGAACGUCUUUUGAAGAGUCUUGGAUGGAAAGGAAAAGGAUUGAUACAAAGUGCAUCUUCUGUUGAAUCUGAUGAAACCCUUUUACCAAAGAUUUCUGAUGGAAGAAAGAAAGCUGGCAGUCUUCGAUUCUACAAACCAAAAUUCAGCUAUAUCUUCUGUGACAUGGAUGGUACACUGCUGAAUAGCAAAAGUCAAAUUUCUGCUACAAAUGCUGAGGCUUUAAGAGAGGCUUCAUCAAGAGGUGUAAAAGUUGUUAUAGCCACCGGAAAAACUCGUCCAGCUGCUAUAGCUCUUUUGAAGAUGGUGGAUUUAGCAGGUAGAGAUGGAAUUGCCUCAGAGUAUUCACCAGGUGUUUUCAUUCAGGGUUUGCUUGUUUAUGGCAAACAAGGACGUGAAAUUCACAGAAGAAAUUUGGAUCCACAUGUUUGCAAAGAGGCAUUUGAUUACUCAGUGGAACACAAUGUUCCACUCAUUGCAUUCAGUGAGAAUCGUUGCUUGACCUUGUUCAGUCAUCCUCUUGUGGACGCCCUCCACACGAUAUAUCAUGAGCCAAGGGCAGAAGUUAUGGGUUCAGUGGAGGAUCUGUUAAGCAGUGGUGAUGUGCAGAAGGUGUUGUUUUUGGACACUGCUGAAGGGGUGUCUGGAAGACUGAGGCCAUAUUGGUCAGAAGCGAUAAAAGGAGGUCGUGCAUCUGUUGUUCAAGCACAGCCAGAUAUGCUUGAGAUAGUGCCAGCUGGCACUUCAAAGGGGAGUGGGGUCCGCAUGCUGCUUGACCAUUUUGGUGUUGGAGCAGAUGAGGUGAUGGCGAUUGGUGAUGGGGAGAAUGAUGUGGAGAUGAUUGAGUUGGCUUCUUUAGGGGUGGCUUUGAGUAAUGGAUCUGAGAAGACAAAAGCUGUUGCUGAUGUGAUUGGUGUUAGUAAUGAUGAAGAUGGAGUUGCUGAUGCUAUUUAUAGGCAGUCGUUUUCAUAG